AUGCAGCCAGAUUCAGCGGUUGCCGUUGAGUUAUUGCCUCGGCUGGAGAGCCUUUUGCUGACGCCUUCCACGGAAUCUAGGUCACGCAUAGAGGAUGAAAUUCGCGCCACGUCAGCUUCCAAGUGGUUAGAGGAGGUUCUAAAUGUCAUCAGAUACGCGGUUGAGUGCGAUGUGUACAGGGGAAUGACCCUGGUGGAUCGUUGCCUUGGAGGAUCGGUGUUUUACGACGUGUCUGAUGUGUCGGCAGCGAGUUCCUGCAAGUCGCUGUACGAUCACCUGGUAACCCGCGUUGCCCAAUUUGUCAAAUCAGGGGAGAGAGAUGGCCUGGAAGACAUCUACGUGCUCGCCAGCGCGGUGCUGCUGCUCAACAUUUUCGUACGAGUGAAUUGGAUGGGUCCUCCAUGCGGAAUUUUGAGCCCAUCUAUGCAGCAUCUGGCGGCACAAUACCGUGACAAGGUGGUAUCUGAUGACCGCGACAGUUGUUUAACUCUCGAUUCUAUGGAUUCGUUUGAGAACGACGGCACAUCGUUCUCGGCUUUUGCAUUGGAAAAGGUCGCAUCAGAGUUCAACCAACGUUGCUUGUUGGGUUCUCCAGAUACACGUGGCAUAGAUGUGGAGUCUGAGUCAACCGCCUAUGCGGGGUUAGUUCGUAGCGUUUUGGACGCGCUGCAAAUCGACGGCGAAUCCGUCUACACUGGUAUCGCUGGUGCCCCGUACUUUGUAGCAGCUCUGGCGUUACUGUCAACACUCGGUGGAGUUGAUGACAUUAAAAAGGACGGACCAUCAGCAUCACGCGGUGGUGCCAGCAUUACUGGGAUGAAUAAGGCAACCGAGAAUCGGAAUGCUGUGCGCAAUAGCGCAUUGACCACCGUUGGUGUAUGGCGCGGUCGUGCCGCUUUCAUAUGGCAACGAAUAGUGCGCAACUCCAUGGUCAACCCAUGUCCUCACCUGUUCCGAAGCGCAGUGUCCGAUUUUUGUUCGACCCUGAAAUCGUGGAGAAUCCUUCCCGAGGACUUUACGCUGUCAAUAUGUGACCCCGUCCUGAUGAGUUCCGUAAUUGACGCAUCCAAGGUCGAUACCCAACUUACGGAACACCCGUUAUCACCCGAUUCAACUACCGGUGGCACUUUUUUGCAGGAGGCCAUCAGGGGGUUCAACGGGUCGCCGCUGGAAUGUUCGCAGGAGAUGGGGUCACUGUUGAUAUUGGAACUGGCCCUACGCUUACCUUACUAUAAUUUAGGAAAGCUGUUUGAGCCUUUGUUGGAUCUGGCAUCAUCGUUGAUUGGGUUCACAUUCUCCUUCACGGGCCGUUUGGGAAUACGCAGGAAGCAUCAAGUUAAUGUAAUACCGCAGCUUGUUGUGGUUGCUGAAGGGUCGAACAAUGGCGAAUCGCGAUCAGGUAGGGUAACUAGAUCAGCUGGAGAUCCACCUGCUGACUCCACUGAUCCCGCACCCGCCUCUGGUACACCUUCGGCAGCAGCAACCGGUGAUACGCUUGAAAAACCGCCGUCUUCAAAUGGCGACUCGCAGGAGAAUGAAUCACCGUCAUUCACAACUUCCGACCGUCCCGACAAUAUCGCUCUCAGCGCUGUGAACGAGGAUACUGACAUCUUAGAGCGUCCCAAGCUAUCGGAGGCGUCGGAUGAUGCCCCCUUGACCUCUGCGGAGCAAUGCAUCCUGCUUUCCAAGGCACUGCAUAUGCUACAGACAGUGCCAGAAGGUGACGAGCUGAAUUUGGAAUUCUUGAACGCAAUAGUGGUUCGCUGCCUGGGAUCCACCGAAGGCAUAACGUCGUGGCUGCUGUCGUCGGUCGCACUCUGGGUGCGGUGCAAAACGGAAUACCACCGAACUAAGACAGUUGAACGCGCCAGUUUGCAGCUGCACAAAUUAAGUGACUCGUACUACGAAUCUGAGGCAUCGGCCGCCAGUCGACUCGAGUUCGUCUGGCACGUGUGGUCACCCAGCAGUUGGGGCAUUAAACGAGAGAUUGCGAGGCGCCUGUGCUCCAUCGGAUCUUUCCUGAGCGCCUUCGAGAUAUUCAAGAAGCUGCAUAUGUGGGAAGACGCCAUCCAGUGUCUGAUCAUCGUGGGUCGGAAGAACGACGCCCGUGAGCUGGUCAUGAACCAUAUCAAGAGCGCCCCUACACCGCUGCUUUGGUGUUUCCUUGGCGACAUAGAGGGCAACAUAUCGCAUUACAACACAGCUUGGGAGCUGUCGAAAGGCCGUUGCGCCCGCGCACAGCGCACCUUAGGCUCCUACUACUUCAACAAAGGCGAUCUGGAGGCUGCGAUUAACGCCCUCGAGUUGGCGCUUGCGAUAAACCCCAUGCGGGAGUCGAGCGUAUUCAUGCUAGGCUGCUGCUACCUGAAAACGGGUAAACUAGAGCGGGCGAUCGGCAACCUCCGCGAAGCCAAUUUGUGCAUAGACCAAGCCGUUAAGCAUCAACCCGGCAAAUGGGAGUUCUGGGACAUACGUAUGCGCAUAUCACUACGGUCUCGCGAUCUGCAAAGCGUCUGCCUGUCAAUUGAGAAGCUGAUCAACCUUGGCAAAAAAUCGCUGAUCGAGCCUGCCAUAGUGGCAUUCUUGGUCGAUGCAUCUUCCCGUUUUCCAUCCAACCAUGCCAAUCAGCGCAUGCUGGCGCGCACUUUGGACUGCGUCACCAAGCACAUCACCGACAAUGCAGAUAUCUGGAAGUUGUGCGCCCGCUACUUUGCAUGUCAGAAGUUCUACGUGGAGGCACUGGAAUGCACGUUCCGCGAAUACCGCGCCAUAGAGAGCUCGAUUGUGAGCAGUCUAAGCGAGGCGAAGGCCGACGCCGAACAGCAGCGCGAGCAUGACGUGGCACAGUUGAGGCGUCUGAUGGACUGUUUCGGGACCAUGAUCACGCUGUUGAAGCGCAUGCCUGCGUCGGAGCGCAAGGCUAAGCGUGACACCGUGAUUCAAACACUGCUGAGUGUUCGCGAGCGUGUGCACUCCCGCAUCGCGGAGGUGAAUUCGCAGUGGCAGUCGGAGUUGGACAGUUUGCUGGAGAGUGCAGAGGUCGAAGACGUGAUAUGCGUGUACGACGAGGAGUAG